UUCUCUUUAAGAAUAUGUAAGAAAAUUACUAAACUCAUUUUGACAAUCGAAAGCCGUUUGUUUUCUCCUUAUUUUUAUUUUUUUUUUAUUAUAUUUUCAUAAAUUCAAAACAUAAAUAUUAUAACUUGUAUAAUCGCGAAGUUAUAAUGGAAAAUGAGAUAGUUUCUGCACGAACUACAACGCCUACGAGAACAUCCAGAGGUUCUGUUGCAGAAAGGGUUAUGUUGUUUGAGAAAUGUCCUGAAGUUAGAGAACCUUCCAAGAUUAUAAAAAAGAUUGUGGAUAAACCAUUUAUCAAAAGUAAACUACAUGCAGAACCACAGAAUGUGGUUCAAUGUUCUGUUAUUAUGCGAGACGUAUCGUACAGCGCAAGGGGUAAAUAUAUUCCAAGGUUUUACUUUCCACAUGGAGUCAGUUCACCUACAAUAGCAACAGAAAAAACAAUUCGAUUAAUUUUGGCUGCUUUUGACACAUUUCCAAAUAACCAACUUGGCAUUCACGAGCUUCCAGGCUUACUUAAAAUUUGUGACCUUCCUUUUUAUUGGCGUAUGCCAAUUUUGCAAUGUACUGAGCAUAGGCAAUCUGGAUUAGUUGAAAGACAAGCGUUUGUAGACUUUUGGAAAAAAAUGACGGUAUACUGUCACGACAGUGCAUCAAAAUUUGUAUUUAUUCUUUCGCGUGGCCAAAGAAAUCGACAAUAUAUUUUACCAGAAGACCUAGAAUCUUUAGUCCAGGAUGUUGUUGAUACACAUCCUGGACUUGCAUUCUUAAGGCAAGCAACCGAAUUCCAUUCAAAAUACGUUACAACUGUUAUAUCUCGAAUUUUUUAUUCUGUUAAUCGUAAUUGGUCCGGUAAAAUAACUCCAAUGGAACUACGGAAUUCUGAUUUACUGGAAAUUAUCAAACUUCUAGAAGUUGAGGAAGAUAUUAACCAAAUAAUGGCUUUCUUUAGCUAUGAACAUUUUUAUGUAAUUUAUUGUAAAUUUUGGGAGCUCGACACCGAUCAUGACUUCCAUUUAAAAAAACGGGAUUUGGCUAGAUAUUCCGAUCAUGCAUUAUCAUCUCGUAUAAUAGAAAGAAUCUUUUCCGAGUGUCUACUUCACUGUACUCGUUCCAUGAAACAUAUGGUUAAUAAAAAGAUGUCGUACAAGGAUUUCGUUUGGUUCAUUUUGUCUGAGGAAGAUAAAAGGACCCCUACAGCCAUUGAAUAUUGGUUUCAUUGUAUGGAUGUUGAUGGAGAUGGGCUUUUAUCAAUGUAUGAGUUGGAAUAUUUCUAUGAAGAACAACAACAGAGAAUGGACUCUAUAGGAAUAGAAAUUCUACCUUUUGUUGAUUGUUUAUGUCAGAUGUUGGACAUGAUUAAACCUAAACAACCGGGAUAUAUAAGCCUGGGUGAUCUAAAAAGAUGUAAACUUACAAAUGUUUUUUUCGAUACAUUUUUAAAUUUGGAAAAAUUCUUACAACAUGAGCAACGUGAUCCCCUAUCUGCGGAUCGUGAUGAUUAUAUUUCGGAUUGGGAUCGAUUUGCUGCCGAAGAAUAUGAAAAUCUAAUAGCCGAAGAUAAUCGUUAUUAACAUAAUCUAUAAUGUUUUUAAAAAAAUAAUAACAUCGAAACUAAAACAAA